UUGGUGUCUACGUCAUCAAGCACGUGGUGACGUUUCCAUCCGGGGCAUGUGACACGCACUCGCUCUCCAUCAUGGCGGCUUCAGCUAAGAAGAAGGGAAAGAAGGGGAAGACCCUCACCCUGACUGAUUUCUUAGCAGAGGACAGUGGGGGCAGCUCUGUACCAAGUUACACACCCACAAAACCUACCAGCUGGGCAGAUGAGACCGAUGACCUGGAGGGAGACGUUACUACCUCCUGGCACACGGAGGAAGAUGUGUAUCGCGCGCCACCCAUUGAUCGCUCCAUCCUACCCACGGCACCCCGCGCUGCCCGCGAGCCCAACAUCGACCGCUCGCGCCUGCCGCGUUGCCCGCCAUACACCGCCUUCCUGGGCAACCUGCCCUAUGACGUGACCGAAGACUCCAUCAAGAGCUUUUUCCAUGGACUCAGUAUCAGUGCAGUGCGUCUCCCACGAGAACCCAGUAACCCGGAGCGACUGAAGGGCUUUGGCUAUGCAGAGUUUGACGAUGUGGAGUCUCUGCUACGUGCACUCAGUCUCAAUGAGGAGAACUUGGGGAAUCGUCGGAUUCGUGUGGACAUUGCAGAUCAGUCCAGCGAGAAAGAGAGGGAGGACCGUUCAAUGUCAGGUCGAGACCGUAAUCGUAGCAGUGACAUGGGACCAGACAAAACUGACACAGACUGGCGAGCAAGGCCAAGUGCCGACAUGGACGAAGGGCCACGCCGAGACGAUGCCUAUGGAGAACGAUCCCGAGAUCGCUACGACUCAGACAGGUACCGCGAUGGUCCACGCCGGGACAGCGAUCGCUACGACAGUGGCAGAGAGAGAUACCGGGAACGCUAUGAUGACCGGGACCGCAGAGGCUAUGAUGACCGGGACCGCAGAGACUAUGAUAGAGGUUAUGACUCUCGAAGUGGCGGGCGUCGCCCAUUUGGCAGUGGCUUCCGGCGUGACUAUGACGACCGCCGGGACGACUACCGUGGCAGUGGAGACCGAUAUGGUGAUCGAUAUGGAGAUCGAUAUGGUGACCGCGAGGACAGAUAUGAGAGAAGGGAUGAGAGACGCGAGGACAGAGGCCCUCCUCAGAGGCCCAAGUUGAACCUGAAGCCACGCAGCGUUCCAAAGGAGGAGGACCAGAGCAGCGCCCCCUCAUCCACCUCUAGUCGAACAGCUUCCAUCUUUGGAGGGGCCAAACCAGUGGACACGGCUUCUAAGGAGCGGGAGGUGGAGGAGAGACUGAAGAAAGAGCAAGAGAGGCUGCAGAGACAGCUGGAGGAGGACAAGGGGAGAGGACCUGAACGCAAGCCCAGAGAGAGACAUCCUAGUUGGCGAAGUGAGGACCAAGCAACAGAACGCUCACGAACAGGAAGCGAGUCAUCACAACCAGGAAACACCACUAGCAGAGGCUCAAGGCGCCGAGAAAGCGAGCGCUCUUUGGAGAAUGAGGUUUUCAGCGGGCGUGACGAUGAGCCACCCUCUCCAGGAAGCCAUGCCUCAUCUUCAAAGCAGGAUGGGCUUCCCCUGAAGGUGGUCCCAGCCCCUCCCCCUAAAGAGAAUGCCUGGGCGAAGAGAAGUGCCAUGAGCAGUGGCUCCACCGAGAACGAGGUGAAACCUGGUCCUCCCAAAAGCUCUACAAGCUCAGCUGAUGAGAGAGUCCCCCAGAAAGUCAAAGAUGAGAACAGGGGAGAUGGUCCACGUCGGGGCCGCGGCGGGGCUACAGCUCCAGCAGCAGGGAGAGACCGGCGCAAGGAAACAGACAGAAAGGACGUCAGAAGAGAGCGAGAUCUCAGACCAGCACCAGGGCCAAAGAAAUAUGAGGAAUCUCCCAGUCCUAAAUUCAGCUCAGCCAGUAAAUAUGCAGCCUUACUAAUGGAUGGCGAGGGAGAUGACGCCGAGGAGAAUGGAGAAUGAGAGAUUUGCUGCAGGAAAGUCGGUCAAAAAUGAAUUAUGAAUUAAUCCUACAGCUUUUUCCAUGCAGCAGUGAAGGACCCAGCUCUGCUCCCUUGAAGCAAAACCUGAGGAAGCAGUAAAAUUACAUGGCAAUCUCUUAUAACCACCUUCUUCAGGACUGAGCGGAAGCUAGUGGGACAAAUACCAGACUCAUUUUAAAAUAAUAGGGUAUAUGGGAAGUUGGCUAAGAUAAAUAUAACUAAUAAAAAAAAAAAAGUGAGGUUUAAAAUGAGAGAAUGUGAUCCCAUUGUUGCAGCUGCUCCAGUAUACAUCACAUUUCUAGCACUAGUUUAUAAAAGUGGGGCAUGACACAAGUUAGGUUCAUACCAAAGGCAAGUGUCUUGUUGCUUUUCAGGGUUUAUGCCUUUUUUUUUUUUUUCUUUUUUUUUUUCCUCUCCUUACUGAUAGGACAGCUGAAUGCUGUGCUUCUAGAGACAUUGGGACCUGCAUGAUCUGUUCAGCAGCAUUUUAUCUUGCAAAAUUGUGUCUUAAAGCAUAUUAUAUGGGACUUAUAUUGAGGAUGACUUACUAACUGGGAGGCAGAAAGCAAACCAUUUCCACACCACAUAUCAGUUUAGCAACUUCCAUCAUUGCACCCAAAAAAAAAAAAAAAAAAAACUUUGCAGGAUAAACUAACCUUAGUCAGAUCCAUUCUCAUGGACGAGUUUAUUGAGCUACCUCUGUGGCCAGCUGUGCCCUCAGAACAAAUGUUUUCUAUCUAAAAGGAUUAAAAGCUUGUUAGUCAUUUACAAAAUUUUGCCCCUUAAUCAAGUCCUUUUAAACAUUGGUGACAAAUUGCUUUUUGAAACGACCAGUAUGGUUUGUGUGCAUUCUGAAUAAAGGUUUUAAUAAAACAGUCA